CAACCAUGUGCUGGUUUUCAGUACAAUAACCCAAGAAAUGAACACUAAAUCCCAUAGAAUAAAAACAGGACAAGCACUUACUGAUGGAUAUUCUAUGGUCCGCAUGGAUGAUAAGCCACAAGUUCUAAGCCUCACUAACUGGGAACCAUACCUGUUUAAGUUCCCUGAAGAAUUUGAUAAAACAAAUCAAGUCAUAGAGUUCACGGCACAAGAAAAAUAUGCCCUCACAACAAUUCGCAAAACGCAAGGCCGCACAAUCGGGAAAGAAGUGCUGUAUUACGAAAACGCCAAUGUAAAUACGUAUAAUUAUUAUGGGCGAAAACUUAAAAAAGACGGGGUUGCGAUCAGCCUGACGUACAAAGUGGUGAUUUUACGACAACCUGGAAUGUCCGACACGAUGUCAGUUACUUUACACACUGGUGCGGUUCAAGAACUUAUUCCACCUUUGGUGGGAUACAUUUACGUGUUCCUAAAUGUUAAGGCGAUUGAAACGACUUUUCCAGCAAUCAUAUAUGCUAACAACACUGCCGCCGGAAUAUAUUUCCGACUUGACGGUAUGCACGAAUUCAGGAGGGAACAUGUGUUAUUGAAUCCACUGUACCCAAGUGUAAUCGAUGUCGAUAUCACUGUGACGGGCCCGAAAGAUGCCUUGGAAAACAAUCUCAAACUUGAUGACGAGCCACUGGUUUUAAACGAUAUAACUGAAAUUGUUAAGGGUGCCAACGUGUACGCAGGGUACGCUACAAUUAGUUCAGCUCCUGCGAAACUCACAGCAGACGCUCCAGUAUCACUAUUCGUACAAGCUGGGACAACUCCGGAGACGUUCUAUUCAUACAAUAUUUUUGGGCCCAUUGACAUGUUACCUCCCGAUAAUUAUGACACCAGUGUGAAAGAGAAUUUAGAACCGACUACUACAACAACCGUCAAACAAACCGAAACCGAAACCACUGCUGCAGCAGUAGCUGUAGUCGUGACGACAACACCAAUUCCAGGCGGAUACAACGAAUUCAAAAUAGUCUGUGAUCUUGGAUUCUACGGGUUAAACUGCAACUCACGUUGCUCCUGUGGACAUAAUUGUCGAAUUGACGGAACUUGCACCAACUUGCCUUGUAGAUUGGGGACUUUUGGAACACGCUGUUUACAUGAGGAUCUCACUUUGCAAGCAAAUGAGAUAAGCCCACCAGAACUUUCUGACGGAGACAAGGACACCAGCGUCAAUAUGGGCGAAGUUAAAGUUGAAGUGAAUUUACACGAACCCACACCCACAAAUUCGUUCACCUUUGUCUUUAAAGACGGAUCUGAUUUAAAUGAAAUCACAAAAGACAAAUUUAACAUUCAAGUCUGGGACGAGAAAACGAAGUCAAUGGUCCCUUUUACUGAGGAAUAUGAAGUGAAUAUCGAGGAUCAAAAUACUGUGACCGUUCAUUGGAAAAAGCCGAGCAUAGUGCAGAAAAUGCAGGUGACUGUCGCCACAAAUCUAAAUGCGACAUCAUUUCAUUUGGACGGAGGACAUAAAGCUAUACCCAUUCAUGCUGGAGGAGGAGACGAUGGCCCAACAGGGUUGAAAUCUCAGUUGUUUAAGCUGCAAGUUGGUGACAAAACUGUCUUCCCAAAUCUUGCUAAAAACCUGACCGAUGGAAAUCGGUUGUUCUCUUCGUGUAUAGUCACAGAUGAAACGGACAUCAUGACAAUGACUUUCGAAGCAAAUACACACCUUCUGCGCCUGAUGAUGUAUACACCAGGCACAGAAAAAGCCUGGAAAGCUGAAGUCGUGUGCUACGACACGGCUGAUAAGGAAGUUUUAAAGACUCAGGUUACCAGUAGUGGAAAAAGAAUAUAUCAGGUCAACGUGAAUUUGGUCGUUCUGAAAGUUAAGAUAAAACUACUGACUGGAACCAUCAAUAUGUGCGAAAUCGAACCAUUCGUGACAAUACCACCACUUCUAGACGGCUACAAUGAAUUUAAACUAGUUUGUGAUCCUGGGUUCUAUGGGGAACACUGCUCCUCACGUUGCUCCUGUGGACAUAAUUGUCGAAUUGACGGAACUUGCACCAACUUGCCUUGUAGAUUGGGGACUUUUGGAAGCGGCUGUAAACAUGCUGAUCUGUCUCUGCAAGCAAAUGAGAUAAGCCCACCAGAACUUUCUGACGGAGACAAGGACACCAGCGUCAAUUUGGGCGAGGUUAAAGUUGAAGUGAAUUUACACGAACCCACACCCACAAAUUCGUUUACCUUUGUCUUCAAAGACGGAUCUGAUAUAAGUGGGAUCACAAAAGACAAAUUCGACAUUCAAGUCUGGGACGAGGAAACGAAUUCGAUGGUCGCUUUUACUGAGGAGUAUGAUGUGACUAUCGAGGAUGAUAAAACUGUGACCGUUCAUUGGAAAAAUCCGAGAAUAUUGCAGAAAAUGCAGGUGACUGUCGCCACAGAUCAAAGUGCGACAUCAUUUCAUUUGGACGGAGGACAUAAAGCUGACUCCCUUCUUGCUGGAGAAGGAAACACGGGCUCAACGGAGUCGAAAUCCCUGUUUAGGCUGGAAGUUGGUGACACAACUGUCUUCCCAAAUCUUGCUAAAAACCUUACCGAUGGCGAUCGGUUUUCUUCGUGUAUAGACACAGAUGAAACGGACAUCAUGACACUGACUUUCGAAGCAAAUACUCUCCUUCUGCGUCUGAUGAUGUAUACACCAGGCACAGGCAAAGCCUGGAAAGCUGAAGUCGUGUGCUACGACACGGCUGAUAAGGAAGUUUUGAAGACUCAGGUUACCAGUAGUGGAAAAAGAAUAUACCAGGUCAACGUGAAUAUGAAUGUUCUGAAAGUUAAGAUAAAACUACUGACUGGAACCAUCAAUAUGUGCGAAAUUGAACCAUUCAUAGAUCCUAAAGGCCCAUUGGUGUUGGGUACAUCGAACCAAGAUAAUCUAGUCAGAGAUACCUCUCUCAUGUGGACCAUUUUAGGCCUGAUGCUUUUGGUAUCCUGUUUUCUUCUCUGCCUUGUGUUCUUACUAGGAACGAAACGUUCGAGUCCACCUCUUGAGAAAGACGCGGAGGAGUUAUAAUUUUUCUUCUAUGGUUGACAGUAGAUUAAAGAAAUGUGAAGAAGUGAUAGUUUUUCUACUUUAGUUGACAUUGGAUUAAGGAAAGAUAACAAUGUAUCAGCUGAUUUUCAACAGGAAACCAUUGUUUCUUAAUUGAAUAUUUAAACAGCUGUAUAGUUUUCAUUGUUAUAAAAAGGUGUUUUUUUUUUAAUUUUGAAAGGAAUAACUGAUAUUGAUAUUUUGUUUUUAAAGUUGUGCAAAGUAUAUGUUUUUGUUUGAAGU